AUGGAGAUCCGAGGGUUUUUGGUGUCGCAAACAGCAAAAAGAAAGAAAAACAAUUCAAAAUUUUCUUUCUCUGUUGCUGAUCAAUUUGUGACUUUGGUGUUUUGGGAGUUGAAAGAAUCCCAUGGAGAGGACAUUGGGAACACAUAUUCGGAGAAAUCUACUCACAGUAGCAAGGAAGAUGAAUAUGAGGAUAGUUUUAUUGAUGAUAGUGAACCUAAAGUUUCUCCCCCUUCACCAUGGUCAAAUGGAAGAGGACAUAAUAUUGACAUGGAAAUUGGUGAAAUGAGCAACAAGAAAUCUGAAGAUGGUUACCAUCCCACUAGUACACCAAAUAGUGAAGCUAAUGUUGUUGCUGAUAGUGGUGUAGGAAGGGAUAUGGGCCUGCCAUGCGAUUCCAUGCUGCCUCCUAAUGCAAUUCGUCUUGAAAAUGGCUUAGAACUUAACGAAGAAAUAGCAAACAAGCCUGCUGAGGAGAAAACUCUUGAAACUUAUAGUGUUACUGGUUAUAAUGCUAUCAAUGAGGAUAAAUUGCAACACACAGAGGAAAAGAGGGAUAAUGAGGAUUUGCUAGGUAAGAAUGGAGAUGAUCAGAAUUCAGCCAAUGACAAGAUAGUGGAACUGUAUAAGACAAGGAUAACUGUCCAGUUGUAUGAUCCACUGCUGUCUUCUACUGAUGCUGGCUCAAACAAUGGGGUAAAGCCAAACAAGAGGACGAAAGAAUCAGCUGCUUAUGUAAAAUCUCUUGAAGGUAAUACAAGCAAUAAUAACAUCCCUAAAAAUGACAGUGUAAAGCAAAAUGAAGGUGGGGCUGGCAAAACUAUCAAGGAUCUUGAUGAGAAAAGUGAAACAGAUCAGAAGUCUUUUCACGAUAAGGGUGUUAACCUUGAUAAGUUAUUACGAACACAUUAUCCAAGAUUGUUCGGCUUUAAAAUUUAUCAGUUGUGA